AAGAUGCCGAAAACCGCCAGGGGACUUUGAGGAAGGGUAAAGGCGAAAGUGAAAGUAGAAAGGACAGACGUGGAGCCUAGCAGAGGGCUUUUCAGCUCCUCACUGGCCCCACUUGUCUGACCCACCCAUCUGCCCGCGACCCCUAAUCGGCUCUGCCUGCCCCAAGAUGCUGGAGCCAGCCCUGGAGACCCGAGGGGGUUUCUCCUUCGAGAACUGCCAAAGAAAUGCAUCCUUGGAACGCGUCCUCCCGGGACUCAAGGUCCCUCAUGCACGCAAGACCGGUACCACCAUCGCGGGCCUUGUGUUCCAAGACGGGGUCAUUCUGGGCGCCGACACGCGAGCCACUAAUGAUUCUGUAGUGGCGGACAAGAGCUGCGAGAAAAUCCACUUCAUCGCCCCCAAAAUCUACUGCUGUGGGGCUGGAGUAGCCGCGGACACCGAAAUGAUUACACGAAUGGUGGGGUCCAAGAUGGAGCUACACGCGCUAUCCACCGGCCGCGAGCCCCGCGUGCCCACAGUCACCCGCAUCCUGCGCCAGACGCUCUUCCGGUACCAGGGCCACGUGGGUGCAUCGCUGAUCGUGGGCGGCGUAGAUCUGACUGGACCGCAGCUCUACGGUGUACAUCCCCAUGGCUCCUACAGCCGUAUGCUCUUCACGGCCCUGGGCUCUGGCCAGGACGCGGCCCUGGCGGUGCUAGAAGACCGGUUCCAGCCGGACAUGACGGUGAGCAGCCUCUGUUCCCCACUAUCUGGUCGCUGGUGGGAUGUGCACCUGGGAGCUGGGGGAGCACAGGACCCUGACCCAGUGUGGAGGUGGGGGAAGGCUCGUCGGAGGAGGUGACCACUGAAGGGUCUGGUCACUACCACUUUGUGCCUGGAACCACAGCUGUCCUGACCCAGACAGUGAAGCCACUAACUCUGGAGCUACUGGAGGAAACCGUGCAGGCUAUGGAGGUGGAGUAAAAUAGGCUGAGGCUUAGAGCUUGGAACAAGGGGGAAUAAACCCAGAAAAUACAAACAGCUAAACAAA